AUGGGCGCGUCCAUACACAUUUUGGGAGAGGAACACUACAAGCUAAAUCAAGCAUAUGCUCGUUCAAAGCUUGCUCAAGAGAUCCUUCAUCUAGAGAUACAGAAGAUCGGUCUACGAAUGCAAGAAUUAUACCAUCGAGUGCAAGAGGUAGGCAAGGAUCCAGAAAUGGAACUAUGCGUUCAUAACUACGCAAACUUGGCAGAAAAGCGUCAGCGCUCGAUUUGCCUAUAUCAGGUGUUGACUGAACAGUGCAACCGCCUCAAUAUGCAAUUGCAGCAACUGUGUCUUGGAUGCUCACCACUCGUUACGCCACUGCCACUGUCAUCGUUACCUACUUUCAACCAGCCUCUCACGACCGACGACACAUCAGUAGAUGAAUUCGCACCUGCGUUUCCCAACACCUCCUAUUUGGUGUUUGAGUGUCUCAAUCUGGCUAGCACUGCUUCAAUGAAAUCACCUGUGAUCCUCAGCAGCGAUGGUCCUGCCGUAUUUGAUUUUUCUUCGUGUUCUGAUGAAACAAGAGAUAUCGCUGUCAAGUCUCUGUCUGCUACCUUGACCGAAGCUGCGCCAAAAUACGCUGGAGGCCAGCUUGUGCAAUGGCAGCCCGGUGUUCAUGAAGCAACCCAAGCUAUGCCUUCCGCGCUCCAAGCACAUACUGCAAACUUGGUUCCCAAAGUGGCCAUAGCACCAACAUGGCAACCACUGGAGAAAAGGCGCAAGCUAUGCCCCGAAUGCACUUUGCCACGAUGCGACGGCUCUUCUACGCGAUGUUGGCUCUGGCAGCUCCUAGACCAUAUACCUGGGCCUGUCAUUGUGAAGGCAUCUGACGUGAAGGGCAACUGGUUCCUCUUGAAGACGUGGAGGUUGUAUCGCGACUUGAAGCGAGAGGUUGCUGCUAAUCGACUGGCAAUACCUUGUAAUCCUCCUAGGAUCCAUGCUCUUGAAAGCUUACUGCAAAAAGCUGAUAUUCUCAUCAAAGGUUGUCAUCUGAGGGGCUACGUUGAUAGACCACUAUCAUCAAUUUUGCAUGAUCCGAUUCUUCGGCGUCUUCGGCUGGUUCCUCCAAAGACUCAAUCUGUUCAAUGA